AUGCCAUCUCAAGAAGAACAAGAACUGUUGGCCAGGAUUGGCCAACUUGCUGGCAAGAUCAAUCUUCACAAGGCCCAGCAAGCUGGCGUUCAGUCGGUACCAAGCAAUCAAGCAUCCUAUAGCCGCCACAACACCCACCGACAUGGCAACUUCCCCUACAAGCAUCGCGUCCAGCCGUACCCAUCCAUCCGAGGAGGCCCGGCAGGUUUUCGGCAUCGAUCCUUGGUGGUAAACAAGGACGGAACACAAACACCUCCCUCCGACUCGUCUAUUGCCGAGGCUUCUGGCUCGACGACUUCCUCGAGCGCAUGGGUUUCGAAGAAUACCCGCAGUCAGAGGUCGCUGAUCAACUCGGCCAUCUACGACAAGACCAACGAAGCGCAUGUUAAGGCAGUUGAGGCGUCCCGGCAACAGAAGAUCCGUCAGCAGGAUGCGCGCGAGCAAUCGCAGCUUGCCAACCAUUUCCAGCGCUACAGCGGCAAGGCAAGCGCGCCGCACACUCCUACUAACUCGACAGCGACAGGCAAUCAUGAGGUAGAGAUCCAAGGAAUCCGCUUCCGAGUCGCGCACAACGGCAGCAAGCUCAUCAAGGUGUCGGGUGCGUUAACACUACCAUCUUACACAGCAGUGCGAGCUCACAACCGUACAGGAGAUCUACACCCAGUCAACGCUACCCCCAAAGUUGCUUUCGUUGGGGGUGUCAAAUUUCACCGAAGCAAAACCGGCAAUUUGUACCGCGCCGGUGUGCUCAAAGCUCAACGCCAAACUGGCAUCAAAAAGGUCGACGUGCCUUGCAGCAUGUUCUCGCUGACUGGUUCAUGUGCCAAGGGACCAUCUUGUCGAUAUAUGCACGAUGCUUCGAAAGUUGCCAUCUGCCGGGAGAUGCUGCACAAGGGGACCUGUGCCAACGGGGAGUCUUGUGAUCUUUCCCAUGACUUGACACCCCAGCGCACACCGACCUGUGUUCACUUCAUCAAGGGCAACUGUGCCAACUCCACCUGCCCCUAUGCUCACUCUAGUGUAUCCUCAGGUGCUCUGGUUUGCCGUUCCUUUGGGAUGUACGGCUACUGCGACAAGGGAGAUGAGUGCGAAGAGCGACACGUCUUCGAGUGCCCCGACUUCAGCAAUACGGGCAAGUGUAAAACCAGGGGUUGCAAGCUCCUUCACCGCGAGAGGGCAAGCGUCCUUCGAAAGCGGGCGGACGGCGACGAGACGGAGGAUUUGUCCAGCGAUGACGAGCCAGCUGACAGCGACGACGUGGACUCGGAUGAAGUGGAGGAGUUCAUCACCGACGGUGCUGGUGAUGAUACUGACUUCAAGGUCCAGAAGGACUUUAUUUCUUUCUGA